GACAAAUCUCAAACUAAUGAAGCAAUGACGUCAUCACCACGCAUCAUCGCGCAGCAACACCCAGCACCAAAACUCAAUCACGUGGCCAGCAGCCAUCAAAGGCGAUCAAGCCCUGCUGCGCCCCCUCGCUUGCUGCACCCGAGCCUACGCCCUACUGCACCUGAGCCUGCGCCUUGCUACACUUGGGUUGCACCCUGCUGCACCCGAGGCUGCGCCUUGCUGCACCUGGGGCUGCACCCUGCUGCGCCUCCUGCACUCUGCGCCCCCAAUCCUACGCCUCUACACUCCUGCAUCUACAGCCCAUACCAGACAAAAUCGACAUCAUCUUCGUCCUCUACUUUUGCUGCAAAGAUCAGUGAUUGAUGGAAGAAGUUUUUAUUUUAUUUUUUUAUUUGGGUAUAUAUAUAGGAAAAAAUCAGAUCAAAGAGGGGGUCUUUGGUUGAUUUUCGAGUUUGAUUUGGGAGUCUCCGUCUGGUUUUUGAGAGUAGUAGAGCGAGACUUU